AUGCAUGAAGCAUGUGUGGUUCUAUGCGCCGCGUAUCUACUGCUACUAUACUCGAGUGUAAAUUCGACAGUUUAUAGUUCCAUCACAGAAAAGCUACAAGGUGGCCUGAUCUUCCGCGCCAUCGAGUCGCCCUUCGAGAUGGAAAAGAAGCGAGAGCUGCUCAGGGUACGCGACGAACUCGUUGACAGCCUCUGGGAGCUCACGCUGGAGACAAACAUCUUCUGGCCGGACAACUGGACGCGGGAAGCUGAAGCCAAUCUGCAGGUGUUUGAGAAGCAGUUAGUGAAGGCACUGCGGCAGGGCUACGACGGCCUCGACCCCGGGGAGGCAGAACAGCAGUGGUCGUUCUCAGGCGCUCUGUUGUUCUCCAUCACAGUCAUUACGACUAUAGGUUACGGUAACCUCGCCCCGCGCACGUACGCCGGCAAGCUACUCACGAUACUCUACGCUGUCAUCGGCAUUCCCAUAAUGCUCCUCUGCCUCGCAAACAUCGGGGACUUCCUCGCGCACUCCUUCAAGUACUUGUACGCUCGUCUGCUCAUGCAGUACAAGAAACUAAAGCACGGCUACCUGCGCAAGAGGCACCUUCGGCAUCGCCGGAAGUUGCGUCGCGAGCAGAGUGACCUUAAAGGUCACGCGAAACGUCACGCUGACGUCAGCAUCCCGCUGACGCGCGAGUCUCACGGCGUCUGCGCGAACAACCUCGAACUCGUCGAGAACGGGCUGCACGCGACGGUGGCGCCGCCGCCGCCGGUAUCGUCAACGGCGCCGUCGCUGCACGACGACAGUACCAGCAACAACGGCAGCGGCGGGGAUGCGGACUCCGGUAUCGACACGACGAGGGUGACGGUGCCCGUCACUCUCUGCCUCGGACUUCUCAUCGCUUACAUCUGGCUCGGCGCCUUCAUCUUCUCCGUCUGGGAGAAAUGGAAGCUACUAGAUGGCGCCUACUUCUGCUUCGUUACGCUGUCGACGAUCGGGUUUGGCGACUUCGUACCCGGAGCGUCGCUACUGUCGCAGGGUGCCGACGCGCAGACGAAACUCGCCACGUGCGCCCUCUAUCUGCUGUUCGGGUUGGCGCUGAUAUCGAUGUGUUUUAACCUCGUACAGGAGGAGGUCGGCAGAAAGUUCUACAUGCUCGGAAAGAAGAUAGGCUCACUAGGUGAUGCUGAUGAUAACACAAUCCAUCUCUAA